AUGUUCCCCUAUGGAGAAGUCUGUGCUAGACAGCGACAGACUCUGGCAGAAAGAGUGUCCCGUGGGAGCCCAGCAACCCCAGAUAGCCUCUGUGCUACUACAGGGUCAGAGUUCAACUUGCCAGACAUCACAGUUGACAGCGAACCCAGUAUAAAAAGUGAGGCGCUCAAUGAACCUUUGGACAAGGAACUCACAGUUUGGCACUUCGACCGGCAGAUUGAACCACAUAUAUCAGAGACGUCUAAGGAGAUGAGCCUCAGUCCCAAGGUCAAGAAGGUUUACCUAGAGUAUGGUGGUUUCUCAGAGAACAAGACCACACAUUCAGCUGGGUCUGAGGGAUCCUCUGGGUCUAAGGUGGACACCCCAGUCUGUGUACAGAAGAGAGCAGUGCCACUGCAGUUCUCUGUACAAGAGCUGAGUGGGAGGGUGAGGAGGCUGCAGGGACAGGACAGCGUAGAGAGAAGGCUGAAGACGGGCUGUGCUACAGACUCUUCAGAGCCAAGAUUAGCCCUGGAGAGAACCAGAGUGCUAAGGAGGAGCUGAAGAAAGAGAUAAGGUGGGAAUUUAACUGCUGUUUUUGUUGGUUAAUUGUAAGGACAAGAUUUUUUCCUGAACACUAUAUCUGACCAGGAAAAACUAUCUUCAUAAAAGAAAGUGGCACAAUUUAAUGUAUUUUUUAUUCAAUUUCUGAACCAACAUUUAGGUAAACAUUGCCUUUUUCAGGGUUGAAAUAGCAAUGUGAUUAUUAUCAAGUUAUUAUACAGCAGUCUGUUGAAAUGUUCCCUCUGUAAUCCCCACAGCAAAGACAGUUUUAAGGACAUGGAGAUUUUGGACAUGGAGACAGUUUAACCUGGACUUCAUCAUAACUAAGCUGAACUUUGACCUCUUCAUGAUCGACCAGCACACCACUGACGAGAAGUAGAACUUUGAGAUGCUUCAACAACACACCGCAAUGCAAGGACAGAGACUCAUCGUGUAAGGCAGGGGUGUCAAACGUACGGCCCGCGGGCCGGAUCAGGCCCGCAAAUGGGUUUAAUCCGGCCCGCGAGAUGAUUAAAAAAAAUAAAAAAAAAAUAAAAAAUUUAAAGUAUAAAAAUGCGCUGCAAUUUUUCAAUAAAAUAAACUGCUGUUCCAAUUGCGUCCACUGGAUGGCGCAAUAGCAAUUGUGUUAAGCAAGCAAACUGUUUAUACCGGGGCAGAGCAAGUACAGUGGGGAAAAAAAGUAUUUAGUCAGCCACCAAUUGUGCAAGUUCUCCCACUUAAAAAGAUGAGAGAGGCCUGUAAUUUUCAUCAUAGGUACACGUCUACUAUGACAGACAAAUUGAGGAAAAAAAAUCCAGAAAAUCCCAUUGUAGGAUUUUUAAUGAAUUUAUUUGCAAAUUAUGGUGGAAAAUAAGUAUUUGGUCACCUACAAACAAGCAAGAUUUCUGGCUCUCACAGACCUGUAACUUCUUCUUUCAGAGGCUCCUCUGUCCUCCACUCGUUACCUGUAUUAAUGGCACCUGUUUGAACUUGUUAUCAGAAUAAAAUACACCUGUCCACAACCUCAAACAGUCACACUCCAAACUUCACAAUGGCCAAGACCAAAGAGCUGUCAAAGGACACCAAAAACAAAAUUGUAGACCUGCACCAGGCUGGGAAGACUGAAUCUGCAAUAGGUAAGCAGCUUGGUUUGAAGAAAUCAACUGUGGGAGCAAUUAUUAGGAAAUGGAAGACAUACAAGACCACUGAUAAUCUCCCUCGAUCUGGGGCUCCACGCAAGAUCUCACCCCGUGGGGUCAAAAUGAUCACAAGAACGGUGAGCAAAAAUCCCAGAACCACACGGGGGGACCUAGUGAAUGACCUGCAGAGAGCUGGGACCAAAGUAACAAAGCCAACCAUCAGUAACACACUACGCCGCCAGGGACUCAAAUCCUGCAGUGCGAGACGUGUCCCCCUGCUUAAGCCAGUACAUGUCCAGGCCCGUCUGAAGUGCAUUUGGAUGAUCCAGAAGAGGAUUGGGAGAAUGUCAUAUGGUCAGAUGAAACCAAAAUAUAACUUUUUGGUAAAAAUUCAACUCGUCAUGUUUGGAGGACAAAGAAUGCUGAGUUGCAUCCAAAGAACACCAUACCUACUGUGAAGCAUGGGGGUGGAAACAUCAUGCUUUGGGGCUGUUUUUCUGCAAAGGGACCAGGACGACUGAUCCGUGUAAAGGAAAGAAUGAAUGGGGCCAUGUAUCGUGAGAUUUUGAGUGAAACCCUCCUUCCAUCAGCAAGGGCAUUGAAGAUGAAACGUGGCUGGGUCUUUCAGCAUGACAAUGAUCCCAAACACACCGCCCGGGCAACGAAGGAAUGGCUUCGUAAGAAGCAUUUCAAGGUCCUGGAGUGGCCUAGCCAGUCUCCAGAUCUCAACCCCAUAGAAAAUCUUUGGAGGGAGUUGAAAGUCUGUGUUGCCCAGCGACAGCCCCAAAACAUCACUGCUCUAGAGGAGAUCUGCAUGGAGGAAUGGGACAAAAUACCAGCAACAGUGUGUGAAAACCUUGUGAAGACUUACAGAAAACGUUUGACCUGUGUCAUUGCCAACAAAGGGUAUAUAACAAAGUAUUGAGAAACUUUUGUUAUUGACCAAAUACUUAUUUUCCACCAUCAUAUGCCAAUAAAUUCAUAAAAAAUCCUACAAUGUGAUUUUCUGGAUUUUUUUUCCUCAUUUUGUCUGUCAUAGUUGACGUGUACCUAUGAUGAAAAUUACAGGCCUCUCUCAUCUUUUUAAGUGGGAGAACUUGCACAAUUGGUGGCUGACUAAAUACUUUUUUUCCCCACUGUAGGUCAAGCACGUGCAGCCAAUGAGCUACUUUGUUUUGCCCGCGAUAUUUAUUACGGCUUCUACUUUUAACAUUAUGUGCUUUGGCACCCUCAUUGCCCCAAUAUGUCUCUGUCAAAAAAGAGAAAAGUGGACGCAGAGUGCAGAGUGUUCCAAGAACAAUGGUCAUCCUAUUUAAUCACGGAAUUGAAUGGGAAAGCUGUAUGUUUGGUGUGUUCAGAGCAUGUUGCAGUGCUGAAAGAAUAUAACCUUCGUCGCCACUAUGUGAGUCUUCAUGCCGACAAAUAUGACAACUUUCAAGGACAGCGGAGAAGAGAGAAGGUGAAUGAACUGUUGGCGGGUCUGAAGAAACAGCAGUCUGUGUUUACUCACAGCCGAGACAUCAGUGACGCUGCAGUGAAAGCUAGCUACCUCAUUGCUAAUGAAAUCGCAGUGGCUUCAAAACCAUUUAGUGAGGGUGAAUUUGUAAAAACAUGCAUGAUGAAGGCAGCGGAGAUUGUGUGCCCUGAAAAGCGGCAGGCUUUUGCAAAUAUCAGCCUGACAAGAAACACAGUUGCAGACAGGAUUUCCGAAAUUUCAGUGGAUUUGGACAGCCAGUUGAAGCAAAAAGUAAAGUCAUUUAUUGCGUUUUCGGUUGCAAUUGAUGAAAGCACGGACAUUACAGAUGUUGCACAACUGGCCAUUUUUUCAUCCGCGGAGUUGAUGACACAUUGACCGUCACCGAGGAGUUCGUGGAGUUGGUGCCGAUGACAGAUACAACGACAGCAGCUGAUAUUUUUACCGCACUCGUCGGCGCGCUGGACAGGGUCGGAGUGGACUGGUCCCGCGCUGUCAGCCUGGCUACAGAUGGUGCGCCCUCAAUGAUCGGGAAAAAAGCAGGCGUUGUGACAAAGUUCAGAGAGAAAGUGCAAUCUGCAAAUGGAGGACGUGAUUUUUUGACUUUUCACUGUAUUUUGCACCAGGAGGCUUUGUGUUGCAAGUCAUUAAAGAUGGAUAACGUCAUGAAGGUGGUCAUCCAAACUGUUAAUUUCAUCCGAUCCAGAAGCCUGAAUCACCGUCAGUUUGACAGCCUUCUCAGAGAGAAAGACCACAUCUAUGGCCUGCCAUACUACACUGAGGUAAGAUGGUUAAGCCGAGGUGCUGUGCUGAGGCGUUUCUUUGAUUUACGAGAAGAAAUUGAACAGUUCAUGGAAGAAAAGGGCAAACCAGUGUUAGAAUUUCAUUCCGCAGAAUGGAUGCCGGACCUUGCAUUUAUGGUGGAUGUUACAGAGCACCUGAAUAACUUGAACAAACAGCUGCAAGGGCGCAACAAAGUUGUCACGCAGUAUUAUGACAGCAUACGUUCUUUCAAGUUGAAGCUGUCAUUGUGGGAGACGCAACUUGCCGGUGGUGAUGCAGCUCACUUCCCCUGUCUGAAAAAUGUGUGCGCGACCCAACAUGUGGCAGACAUGAAGCGGUUCAAAGAUAAAAUAACUGGACUGUUACGGGAGUUUGAGCAACGCUUUCAGAAUUAUGUUUAUAUGUUUUUAUGUUGAUGUGCUAUUGUUUUUAAUUGAUUUUAUUUUAUUUGUAUAUUUAACCUAUUCUUGACUCUGUGGUUCUUGCACUUGUUUGGGGAACAGGAUUUCAUUAUUUUUAUCUACAUUUCUGCCUGAGAAAUGACACCCUGAUAUAGUUCUGUGAUCUGUGAAACAGUUCUGUUAAUCACUGAGGCAUUGUGUGUUUGUGUGUUCUUUUUCUUUAGAAUUUUCAAAUAAACUUGACGUGUUUUAUGAUUAAUAGUGAUGUUGUGCUUGUACUAUUUUGGACACACUGUCCUCAGGCUCCAGCUUUAUGUUGUAUGUUGAUCGUAUUAAAACAAAGAAAACAAUCUGAAGUUGUUGUUUUUAUGUUAUAUAUACCAUGAUUUUUCCGGUCCGGCCCACUUGGGAAUAGAUUUUCCUCCAUGUGGCCCCUGAGCUAAAAUGAGUUUGACACCCCUGGUGUAAGGAUUCACUGACAUUUGCAAAUUAUUUUAUAUGGUUACUAAAAACGCACUAGUUUUGUGUUAAGAUUUAAUUUUUUAUGUAUGACGUUUUCAGUCCACAGAAUCUCCACCUCAUGGCAGUCAGCGAGAACGUUCUUAUGGAGAACCUUGAGAUCUUUGAUUUUCUCAUAGAUGAGGAUGGUAAGUCAAAUAGAAUACAACACGCUCACUCACUGCUAUAUUUAGUGGGGUCAAAUAUACCCUGCCAUAAGAAAUUAGGAUAGCACUGUCCAAAAAGUAUAUUUCAAAAUAGCAUGCAUGGGUAUUGCUGUUUUCUGAUUCUGAAUUCCAUUGUGCUAUGUGUUCCAGCUCAGGUGAUGGAGCGGGUGAAGCUUGUGUCCCUGCCCACCAGUAAGAACUGGAUGUUUGGUCCGGGGGACCUCGAGGAGCUCAUCUUCAUGUUGAGUGAUAGCCCGGUGGUCAUUUGUCGGCCGUCUCAUGUCAGGCAGAUGUUUGCCUCCAGGGCCUGCAGGAAGUCGGUGAGUGUUAUGUAUUUAUGAUGUGAUUGAUUUGUUGUCCAUGACUUGUGAUAAAUAUGAGAUGUAGGAUUUCAGCACUAAAUAAGAAGUGCUAGUAGAAAGGCACCAGUUAUAAUGUGUGUUAUGCAGUGAUUGAAAGUGUACAUGUUAGUUUGGUGCUUUUGCACUAGUUUUCCAGCUACACAAAAAUGAUAUGUUUCCUUUAGAAUUGUCAUUUUAGCUCUGGUCCAAUGAUGUUAUGUACUCUGUCUCCCGCGUAAGGUGAUGAUCGGUACAGCUUUGAGCACCAGUGAGAUUAAGAAGCUGGUGGUUCAUAUGGGGGAGAUAGAGCAGCCAUGGAACUGUCCACAUGGCAGACCAACUAUGAGACACCUUGCUAACUUGAACUUCAUCUCACAAGACUGA